AUGGAAAACUCGCCUUCCAUUUCCCUCGUGGAUAAUACCGCCCCACAACAACCUACCGGCGAAGCACUCCAACCACGCACAUCCACCCUCAGUCAACAAAGAAGCCUGACGAAGCACCUGAGCCGUGCAUCCGUCCAUAGCCAGCUCGCAAAGCGGAAAUACGCAAAAUGGCAACCCGAUAGACUCGGUAUCGCACCCGACAGAAAUGACUCACCCAGCCGAGAAUUGUCCCAGGUGCGAGGAGAGUCAAUCUCAGCAAGCUCCGCCGGAGAAGGCAGCAGGGGCAGAGAUGUCGAAACAGCUGACUUUGCGCCGUCCCGAGUCUCGACCCAUAACAGCAAUGGCAGUGGUCAGGUGAACGGAGCAGGAGACCAAACAAACAGCCGCGAGGACACCAAAUCGCGCUCGGAAAUGGACAUUCUCUACGAGAACCAGCGGGGCUGGUUCGUUUUCGGUGUCCCACGUUACUCGCAGAGCUCGCUGUUGAACUUCGAUCCCAGCGCCUGGAUGACCCAGGACCACACAGCCAGUCCUGUUAAUAUCACGAAUGCUCAGCUGCCUGAUCCGAGCUGGGAAUGGACGUGGAAGACAUGGUAUGUUGACAUGUCUGGUGAUACCGACGAGCAAGGCUGGCAGUACUCUUUUUCGUUUUCCUCGUCUUCGUGGCAUGGUACGCAGCCGUGGUUUCAUUCGUUUGUUCGGCGGAGACGGUGGGUGAGACUACGGACUAAGGUCCAUGAACAGCGGAACCAUGGUCGCUCGGACUUUGAGAAAUCGCAUAUGCUUACUGAGGACUAUUUUACCAUUCAUUCGUCCAAGGUCAGAAGUCGGGACCAGAGCACCGCGGGACUGUCCCGCGUGGAAUCUGGGUUCAAUCGUGCGAGCAUGACGGUUGAUGAGGAGUCACAUGUCGAUGAGAUUGGGGAUAUACCCAGCUUGAUGCAUGCUUUGAAAUUAGCUUCCAUUGAUCGAGAGAGGAUUGAUGCACUGAAGAAAUUUAUUGAAGACGGGGGCGAUGAGCUCUAUUAUCUGAACGACAAGAUACCAGAUAUAAUGCCCAUGUUCCUAUUCCAGACCUCCCGCUGGCAAUUUGUAACAUAUAUUUCUGGUGUUAUUCGUGAGCUGUCUAAAACUCUCACUGAUUCUGAUAAGGACGCCGAUGCAAUCCAACGCAAGAAAGAUAAUCUCGCCCGCGCCGCAGAAUCUUGCAAACGUCAUAUUACUGGACCGGAUGUCUUUAAAGAUGAUCACGGAGAGUCAACAACGGGAUUGUUAGACUUGACUCCGGUGACCAAGCACGAUACAUUAUUGUCUAAGCGACCGGUCUUGGAGGAGCGAACGAAGUCAAUGAGGCGGAUCUUCGUAUUGAAAGCAAAGUAUAGCUCCGGCAGAGCCAAGCUCCGGCCACCGCCUACCCGUUCGGCGGCCAGCAAUUUUCGGGGCAAAAAGGACCAUCGAAAAACACCUCAGCAACGCGCCCAAUUCUUGUCUUUUCAUGUCUCCGGUGCCAUUAGAGCAUCGUCCCUUAUGCUCUUGCGUGGCUGCCCGUGUCUAAGGAGGCGUGUGUCUGCCGUCUUGGACACUGUCGCGACUGGCCCCGAUGAGCCUCUUCUGUUUCUCUAUCCCCGCUGGGCUGCGCCUGCUUUGCAACGUCGACGGAUAUCUUCCCUAAAGCCGAUUGAUGCUCCAGCGAGGAUAGGUCAUACUUCCAAUUCCCCAUUUCGCGCAACAUCUCGCUCCUACCCUUCGCUUUCUCGACACUCGCGCCAAUGGAUUUCCUCCGGGUCCUCCUUCCGGUCUCCCGACGAUUCGAAUCCGCAAUAUUCUCCCGCGGUGGUUGGAGAACAUCUUAAAAUAAGCGUGGGGAAGGAAAUUGGCUCUGAUGGUCUGAAUGAAAGUGGUGGAGACCGGCUCUCCGCAGGCCAGACACAAUCUGUCAAUUCGCUCGCAGAUGCCGAACACACCACUUCUCUGAUACCACUACGUGGCUUCGCGUUGACGAGAGCGAAGAGAAUACAGAAGGGCCGACUGCACAACAAACCCCUGAACGCCAAACCUUCGUCGCCUACGCAGAAACAACUUUUUUUACGAAAUACAUCGAUUCGAGAUCGAAAGAAGUUACGGUUUCGCGAAUAUAUGAAGAAAAAAUAUCAAGCUCGUUCAGCAAAGCUCUACGACAAUGCUUGGUUUGAGACUAAGGACAUUCUGGAUCAAGUGUACCGCGAUAUCCGGAAAAAUCCCAAGAAGAGUUCGAACAAGAAGGAGAUACUUGUACCAGAGGAGACCCUCGCCCUGUUUUCUGGUGUGACUCGUCAUACAUUGAAAGAUAAUAUUUGGUACAUCCCGAUCCAUAACGGAUGUCGUGUACACAUCCUACCUGCAAGUCAGAGCAAGGGAUUGCUCCGUCGGGUCGUUUUGAGUGCCACAGACCAUAUUAUGGCGCUGGUGGAAGGACAUUUUACCCGCGCGCAGAGCUUACAAGCUAUGGGAGAUCCCCUUGUUGAUAUACACAAACCACCGGUUCCAAUGUGCAUUUCUCGGGGCGCGAUGCAGCGCUCGAAGCUGCCUGUACCAUUGAUUCGUGGAAAUUGGCAUUUCGGUGAAACGUCGGAUAGCAGCUCCAAUCUGGACGAGAUUCUGCUGCCUCGUCCGGUUAUCGCUACCGUGAAGGAGUUCAACGAGCACAUCGAAGAUGUCACAUCUGCGAGGCAACCGACGCUCGAUGAGAAGGCCAUGUCUCUAUCAAAGCUUCCGCACGUGGUCAGGAUUAAACUACACCUGGAGGCGCUAUUCAUGGAAGAGGCAUACUCCAAUUACAUCUCGACUGCGGCCUUAAAUAAUGCGCUGGAAUUCCUUUGUCGACAUGAGUUCCUUGAGACUGCCCGAACUUUGUGUUCAUGCACAGAACAUGUAGCUACUACUGAUACAUAUAACAUCCUGUUGCGGGCAGCUGCGCGGCGUCAGGAUGUGGGUGUCUUCCGUCACUUCCUGCGGACAAUGCCUAAAUUAGACAUGCGUCCAAACCCAGAAACAUGGCUCGCCUUGCUCAGCGCCCUGGUUGUCCCCAGCGAAAAAGCCCAACUCAUUGAACAUAUGGUCCAGCGUGGUCACAUGUCCAACCUUUCCACCGUCCACAGCGCGCUCCAGGAGACAAUCCAAGAUUCACUUUUGGUGCAUUUGGACAGUGGGAAAGAUAUAGACUCCUUCAUUAGCCUCAUGACCAAUACAUGGGGGGCCAAUUGGUUCAGCUCGUCUGUGAUCGGCCAGAUGUUCAGCGUGGUCGCUCGAUUGAAGGAUUUCGAUUCCAUAGACCGGCUCAUGGAAAUCUGCAUCGAGAACAAUCUCACCGUGGACAGUUAUCCGCUUAGCCAUAUUGUGCAAGCCCUGGGAGCGAACAUCCACGCUGCUUUGCACUAUACCCUCCGGUUCUUCGAGCACCCUUUGUUCGAGGUAACCGCACAGAAUUGGGAGGAUUUGUUUUUGGCUGCAUUCAGGCGCCGCCAGUACAACCUCUGCCUGGUUAUAUGGCGGUAUUCUUGCAUGAAAAGAGCCGUGACCUACAAGAUGAAGCAGGCUGUUUUGGCUUCCUUAUGUCGCAACGCGUCCUUUGGUAAAUCCACGAAACUUGACAAAGAUUUGUGGAGUUCCGAUGCCGGCAAGGUUAUUAUUGGUAUUGACGUGCACCAUGAAAGCUACAGGCUUCCAGACUCCAUUUUGAACGAUAUUCCCUCCGAGUUCCGUCACAAUCCUGUUCUUUACCUCAUCGGAUGGAAGCCCAGGGGUGAAAAGCGUGAUCUUCAAAUCCGCCUUGCCAAUGCCCUCAUUAAGCGUGACCUCAUCCUUGGUGCAACCCGCUACGCCCCCCAGCAUCCUUCCCCGAUUAUGCUGGAUGCAGCGUCCAUCUUGGACAAGGAAUGGCGUGGUGUACCGCGGCCUCUGACUUGGAAGAUGCAAAACGCCAUUCAAGUUCCCGUUGUCCGUAAGGACAAAGACCGAGAUCAAGAGAAAGACAAAGACCAAUAA